CAUCUCAGCGUCAGUGUGGCCCAAAGCACAGUGCGAGGUGGAGGUAGAAGAGGAGAGAACUUUUGGACUUGAGUAACAAGUCAGUUGUGCUCGUGUUGUUGAACCUGACUCACUGCCUCAUCUCCACACGCGCAGAAUCAACUUAAAUUACCUUUUUAAAUCAAAAGUAAAAAUGUGAUUGUUAUUAUCCAGUGUAUUUUGGUAUUACCAUCAUUAUCGCCAUGACCAGAUUAUAUUAUAAUAACAUUUGGUUAUUGGUGUUGUGUGCGUGUUGGUGUUUGGUUGUUGCGGUCCCGUCCCCGGCGACCACUUCGAGACAAUGUGAACCGAUUCGGAUUGAACUCUGCCAGAAUCUCGGAUACAACUCGACGCGAAUGCCCAAUUUGGGAGGGAAUGAACUGCAGCAGGAAGCUGAAUAUAUCUUGAAGUCUUUCAACCCUCUGAUUGAGUACGGAUGCAGCGCGCAGCUGAAGCUUUUCUUAUGCAGCAUCUACGCGCCGAUGUGUACCGAAAAGGUGCCCACGCCGAUUGGGCCAUGUCGGUCCCUCUGCGAGAAUGUUAAGCGGUUGUGUUUUCCUGUUCUUGAAGGUUUUGGUUUCGGUUGGCCUGACGCCCUAAACUGCUCCCGUUUCCCAAAAGAAAACAACCACGAGCAUAUGUGUAUGGAAGGCCCUGGAGGGGGUUCCAAACCCCCAGAAACUGACCCCAAGGAAGACGUAACCAUGACAAAACCACACUGGAUGACAACCAAUCAACAACAAUGUAAAGAUGGUUACGUCAAUCUCCGAGAAGUCAUCGGUAGACCUCUGAUGCCAACCAAUAAUGGCGGCGGCUGCAUUGCAAUCUGUGACAGCUCCUUGCUCUUUGACGCUGCUGAUAAAAAAUUCGCAGAGGUGUGGGUGACAGUCUGGGCGGUCAUCUGCUUAGUUUUCAGCCUGGCGUCAGCUAUCACUUUGUGUAUUGGAGGCGGCAGGGUCCGCAUUCGUCCUUUGAUGGCGCUGGCGUUAUGUUACUGCUGCGUUGCGACGGGAUGGAUGAUCCGUAUAGUUGCUGGGAGGUAUUCAAUCGGUUGCAGGUAUCAACUGAGUGAAGAACUUGAAGAUGUCGGAGGCGGUGAUUAUGUGGUUGUACAGGAUAGUGGAAUAACUGGGAAUGCAAAGUGCACGCUGGUGUUCUUUUUGAUUUAUUAUUUUGGAAUGGCUGCGAAUGCAUGGUGGGUGGCUUUAUGUAUUUGGUGGUUAUCAAAAGCGGCAUUUGAUUGGUCCACUGAACGCAUGCGUAAUGUAUCAACGCUUCUACACGUGUUUGCUUGGGGUGUACCAGCGAUCCAGACUGUUUUUGUUAUUUUAUUGAACAAAAUUGAUUCGGAUGAACUUACAGGCGUUUGUAACGUUGGGAAUCGUUCGCUUUCGUCUCUUCUGUAUUUUGGGCUCGUUCCACAAGCUUUCUACUUGUUUCUAGGCAUAAAAGUGCUUUUCAUCGGUUGUUAUAAGAUUCUAACACGCCCCUUGCCAAUUCCCGCCCCUAUAUCCGCCUUAACCACGCCUCUGACUCCGCUUACAUUGCACUCCGCCCACUCACGACGUUCAGAAAAGAACAAAGACAGUGAUUUAUUGGGUGCUCUUGCUUGUGUGUAUGUUAUUCCAAUGGCGUCUGUUCUUGGUUGCCUAUGUUACGAAUACAACCACCGUUUGUUCCUACAAGUCACACCAGAUGGCCUGAAUAAUGGCAAAACACGUGCACAACUAUCAAUCUUCCUCCUGAAGCAUUUAAUGUCACUAUUCAUCGGUGUAUCAAGUGUAUUCUGGCUGUGGUCUUCAAAGAGUGUCGUUGCAUGGCGGACAACAUUACAACGCGUAAUGCCGAAACGCCUUCAGAAGCAACUCCCACUGACAAACACCAAUAUGCCUAAUAUACACGGGGCAGGGCAACAGAUGGCACUGCAAGUACGUGCAUCGUCAGUGGCGACGCCUGUAGGACGGAGUCAAAGCCACAAUCGAACAUUAAGUACUUCUUUAAGUACUACACUGAGUACAACUGCGGGGAGUAGGCAGAGCAAUCGACGGAGGGAUUACUAUCACAGGAGGAAUUAAAACUAAAAGUAAAAAGAGAACAAUGUAAUUAUAGACAUACACAGAAACCUGAUUAUUUAUUUAGAAAACGGAGAGACAAAAGAGUUGAUAGACAUUAGUGGGAUGAAUGUUGUGAGGAGGGUAGAGUAUAUAUAAGGAAACAAAUGCAUCCUCGCUUGGAGUUAUUCGGAAUUAUGUAUUACUAUUUUAGUGUAUAGUGUUAUGAUCGGUGCCAUUGCUUUAAUUUAUGAUUUAUGUUUAUUUAUACGAUGAAUAAAUGUCAUUUUCUUAUUUUUUAGAA